UGCAGUGGGCGUCACACGCCUGGCGGCGGGAGCGGGUCUACGGGCUGCCGGACGCGGUCUGCUGGUGGCCCGGAGCCGCUGGCGGGGCUGUCGGCUCCCCGACCUGCAGUCUCGCCGCCUCCCCGGCCUCGGGGGACGCCCGACGGUCCCGCGGCGCGCCCUGUGGACCACUAGCUUGGGGAGACCCCUCGUUCGCCGCGGCGGCGGUGUCGGAGCCAGGCUGAGGGUGUCGGCGCCGCUCACUGACGGAGCGCCCGGCAGUCGUGGGGAACGGGGAGCCGGAGUCCCGAAUCCAGCGGGAAACGCGGGCUUUGGCCAGGGUGAGCCGGACUAUUCAAGAUAAAGUUGUAGACAUUUUCAACAUGGAUCAAUGGUCAAAGUUUUCCUUUUUAAAAAGAAAUUUCCAAGUUAAAGAUAAAAGGAAAGUACUGGAAUUAUUUGGAUCCUAACUGACAGGAUAAAGAAUAUAGUAUUUCACAGUUACUUAUAAUGGAAACUUAGUAAAAUUAAUCAUUUGUCAUGCACCCAAUGGGGAACAUGGAUGUUGGUUUUUCUCGUUCUGCUGUUCAGACAUUUUCAAGAAGCCACUGCAAAAAUAUCAAACAAAAAAUUUCUCGGUGGGAAGGAAUAACUAAUGGUACAUCUAAUCCAGAUAAGUGGCAUCCAAAGGACUCUGGAGUGAGGUACAGUAACUGUCAUCAAGAAAUUCUUCUCAAGAAAAAUCCUGUUGCUGAGAGAAAGAGCAAAAAGUUGAAUGCAAACUACUCUCAAAAUGUUGGUGUAGGUAUUAAUGAAGAUCCCGAAAGGCAAGAUCAAAGUGAGGAUGAAAGUGAGAAACAUGAAUAUGAUGAUACACACUUUUUUAAAAAUGGAUCUGAAUCCAACUGGGUAUGUUCUCAGGUCAAACAAACUGAAAGCUGGAAAGAAGUUGUUUUGGAUCCAGACACUUCAUUACCUCCAGGAAAUUUCUAUACCUCACAAAUAUUGUGGAAGAAAAUAGAAGCACUUCCCCCAGAUAAAAUCUUAAAUUUGGCUUUAGAACAUUGCGACUCUUCAGAAAAAGAACUGAAUUUCAGAGUUCUAGAUAGUUCAGAUGGAAUAACCAAGAGCUUAGAAAAUAUUUACUCUGAGCCUGAGGGACAAGAUUGUGGACCUUCUGUAAAUCCUUUGCCAAAACCUCGUAGGACAUUCAGAUACUUAUCUGAAUCUGGUGUUAUGCCAUGUAAAGAAAGAAACUGUGACAGAAAAUACUGUGAGCAUAAUUCUUGUGCAGAGUCUUCUUUGGCCUCUUCUCAGGAAUCUGAACCAAAGAAAUAUGGUAGACAAAUCAGAGGGAGAUCUAAAAGGAAAUCCUUUGAAUUUGAGGAUAUUCAGCACUUUCGAAAUCGGAACUCACAGAAUAUUCAUGAAGAACUUAGGAGAAAAUCUGGCUCAGCACUUUAUUACACACAGUCUGAGGACAAUAUCUAUGAGGAUAUCAUAUAUCCCAGCAAAGAAAAUCCAUAUGAAGAUAUCCCAGUGCAGCCUUUACCCUUGUGGAGAUCCCCUUCAGCAUGGAAGCUGCCACCCCCUAAAAGCGCUUUCAGAGUACCCAAGCUUCCUCACAAACCUCAAUUCCUUCACCGAAAGACUAUGGAACUGAAGAGCUCACAAGCUUAUUUACGGUCUAAGUUCACAAAGGACACCACUUUGCCUGUCACUUUAACUGAAUGGAAGCUUUUCCGAGCUGGAGAAGUUGUAGACAGGAAAAGGAAAAAUCUUCCAAGGCUUGUAUUGAAAAUAGAUGACAUAUUUGAAUCUAAGAGAGGGAAAAAGAGGGUAAAGUUACACCCUUAUGCUGGAAAAGAUGUGCCUCCCUCAAAAGGCGAAACCAGUGGGAACGAAAGUGAUGCUGAGUAUCUGCCAAAGAAUCGCCACAAGCGCUUAGCACAGCUGCAGCAGUCUUCCAAGAGGAAUCCACACUACCAGACCCUAGAGCGAGAUCUUAUAGAAUUACAGGAGCAGCAGCUCUUUGAACUCUUCGUGGUGGUGUCUCUACAAAAGAAGCCAUUAGAAAUAAGCUACAUUCCCCAGAUCAUACAACAGUUCCCUAGCAAGGGUGACCAUGGCUUUAAGCAAUCCAGAGACACUGAGGAGAGGCUCAAAGUUAUCCCCAAAUUUUGUUUUCCUGAUUCAAAGGACUGGGUGCCAACCUCAGACCUCAAGAGUGAGACGUUCUCCUUUGUCUUAACUGGUGAAGAUGGGAGCCGGUGGUUUGGUUACUGUAAGAAGCUCUUGCCAGAAGGCAAAGGAAAGAGACUCCCUGAGGUAUACUGCAUGGUCAGUCGCCUAGGCUGCUUCAACCUUUUUUCAAAGAUUCUGGAUGAAGUGGAGAAGAGAAGAGAAAUGUCUCCAGCCCUCGUUUACCCUUUCAUGCGAAGUGUCAUGGAAGCUCCUUUCCCAGCUCCUGGACGCACAAUCACAGUUAAGAGCUAUCUCCCUGGGGCUGGAGAUGGGUCAAUUGAACUCUGCCGACCAUUGGAUUCCCGACUGGAACAUGUUGACUUUGAAUGUCUCUUUAAGUGCCUGAGUGUGUCUCAUCUCAUCCAGGUCUGUGCCUCUCUCCUUUUGGAGCGGAGGGUAAUAUUUGUUGCCAACAGCCUCAGCACCCUGUCAAAAUGUGGCCAUGCUGUGGUUGCCACCCUGUAUCCAUUCACCUGGCAGCAUACCUAUAUCCCAGUCCUGCCAGCAUCUAUGAUCGACAUUGUGUGCUCACCUACUCCAUUCCUUAUUGGAAUCCUAUCUUGCUCUUUACCACAGCUCCAGGACCUACCCAUUGAAGAGGUGCUGAUAGUUGACCUCUGUGCAGACAAGUUCUUACAGGAGGUAUCUGAUGAGGAUGAAAUUCUACCACCUAAACUCCAAGCUGCCCUGAUGCAGAUUUUGGAAGAACGAAAUGAAAUCUUGGCUCAGGAACAAAAUUUUUCACAAGCAGAUGUUAUCCUCAACUCUCUGGUGUCUGAGGCAUUUGUCAGGUUUUUUGUGGAGCUUGUGGGACAUUAUUCUUUGAGUAUGACUGUCACGGAGCAUGGGGAGCGUGUAUUCCAAAGGGAGCCAUUCCGUAAAUCCCACACCUCACGAAGUGUACGCCAUUUCCUGGAUCUCUUCAUGGAAACUCAGAUGUUUGCAGGAUUCAUCCAGGACCGAGAGCUUCGGAAAAGUGGGGUGAAAGGUUUGUUUGAGGUCCGGGCCCUCCAGUAUUUGGAAACAAUUCCUGAGUCUGAGCCCAGUGGGGUAAAUAGAAUUUUGCGGAGUCUUGGAAGUAAAAUGAAAUUUCUGCAGAAGAAAUAAAAUCUUUGAGUGACCACCUCCAUCCUAAAAGAGAACAAAAAGUGCUAAAGAAAAUCCAUUUCCAAGACUCAGGCCGCCCUGACGUAUUCCACAACAGCCUGGGAAGCUGGAAAGGUUACAGAGUGGGCCAGGCUCUUGCAGGAGGAGUCUCCUGUUGCUGCUGUGGUGGUCACUGGAGAAUUGUUGGGAGUAGUCUGGAACCAGUGCUUUCUUUACUCUGUCUCCUGGGUUUUUUUAAGUGGCCUUCUCUGUUUGAUUCUUGGGCUCAUUUGUGUUUCAUUAUUCAUCUGUGAAGGCACUUGUCUUUUACGAGGGAAAGACUUAGUGUUCCAGUUAAAAAAACAGCUCAAAGAUUAACACAAUGAGAGAACUGCUGAGUUUAAGGCACUAGGGAGGCAUGAUAAAAGUGUAGAACACUAUCCCUGCACACAUAAUCUCAACACUGAACUACCAUGGCAGCUAUGGGGCUGUUGGAGCUUAGAAAUAUACUCAUCAUGUAUCUUUUUUUUUUAAUGUUCUGUCUAGGGGAAUCUCACUUAUAUGGAAACCCUACUUAUUAGGGCUGUUAUCAUAUAGAAGCAGACAUCUUGCAACUUCUCAACAUUAUGUGACAUUUGAAUAGCUUGUCAUGCAUAUCAAUGAUAAACUUUGUGGCAUUAUAGUUAAUAGGAAAAUGUUCUUUCAAGGGCAUGAGAACCAGUUUUUUUUUUUAAGUGUCCACCCUGUGCCAUGCACUAUUGUACAUGAACAUAUAUGUCAUCUUACUCAGUCUUUUAGUCAACUUCAUGAGUUAUUUGCAUCUCCAUUUUACUAAUGAAGAAACUGGAAUUCAAAGAGAUUAAAUGACUUGUCCCAAAUUGCACAACAGAGCCAGAACUGAAGACAGGACUAUUUGUUUAUGAACACAGAGAAAAUCGGUUAGCCCUGCAGGAAAUUUGAGCUCUGUGGGAAUAUAGCUAUUAAAAAAGUUCUCUUUUAAGCUGAAGUAUACUAGAGCCAACUCUCAGCUCUGAGGAUAAGGAAAUUCAAACUUCAAAUGCCUAAAUGAGAUACUUUUUUGGUUUCCCAAGAAUUGCUGAUCUUCUUGCUCUAGUUAAAUUGGAAUAUGAACCCAGAAUAUGAACAUUUCCUGCACACACACUGUAUAAUUGCCCCAGCCCUAAAUAUUUAAAGUGGUGGUGGUGACUGGGAAGAGGAAUUUGUCAGGAAUGGUGCAAUUUUAGUAAAUGCCAUUUGUUUUCUUCAACUCCAGCUGUUCUUAACUGUCAUAAAAGUAUUCAAGCCUAACAAUCUUACAGGUUGUAUUAUGAUACACUUUAUUGAUGUGUACAAUACUGUCAUUACAACUAAUUUGGGUUUGCAUGAAUUUAUCUGAAACAGACACCAUUUUGAGACUGGUGCUGUUAAUUCCUAUAGAUGUAGAUCCAGAAAACAGUACUGAGCCUGUGUCUUUUAAGAAAUGUUUAAGAAGCUUACCCCAGCGGGGCUCCUAAGAGAACAUCUCCAUAUUUGGCCUCUUCUAACACUCCAACCCUGAGGGAACAAUUAAUUGGGAAUUAAGUUCUCAUUAGAGUGUACGUUAUUGUGGUGGAUCUUGGCCAUCUCUCUGAGACCUUUUUCUCAGGGAUGACUGUGUUUUAUCCCUGAGAGCUGAAGCAGUUUCCUUUUUUUAGGUCUGUUUUUUGUUUUGUUUUUGUAAAGUAUGAAUUCCGAGCAUGUUUGCAAAAUUGCUCAAGUUUGUGUAAAAUAUUGUUUACAGAUCUUUUAAUGAGUGAGCACAAAAGUUCCGUGGAUCUCCUGGAGAAUUUUAAAUAAAAUUGCCUAAGAUGCAAAAA